CAGCCCUCUGGCUUAUCUGUUCUCUCCAGCCGAUAAGGAGGAAAUGGGAGCACAAAGGAGUGAAGUCACCCAGGAGGCCUUGGAGGCAGGGUCAGCCCCACCAGCCUGACCUGGAGCCUUGGCUUCUUUCUCCCACCUGCUCCCUGCGGCGCUCUGCCCACAGGUUCCAGGCCCAGACUGGCCUCCCCCUCCGCAGAUGCUCAGGUGGGAGGGACAAAGGGCACCAGCCAGCUCUGCUGGGAGGCCCCUGCUCACCCCUGCCGCUGACAGGGCCAUAAAUCAAAGAGGGAAAUGUCAGAAGGAAAAGAGAAAAGGCAGAGCAGUCAUGCUCCCCACGAGGCUGCCUGUGGAGGUGGCAGCCAUCUGUUACUGGGCAUCAUGGCUGCCCUCAGACCUCUGGUGAAGCCCAAGAUCGUUAAAAAGAGGACCAAGAAGUUCAUCCGGCACCAGUCAGACCGCUAUGUCAAAAUUAAGCGCAACUGGCGGAAACCCAGAGGCACUGACAAUAGGGUGUGCAGAAGAUUCAAGGGCCAGAUCUUGAUGCCCAACAUCGGUUACGGGAGCAACAAGAAAACAAAGCACAUGUUGCCCAGUGGCUUCCGGAAGUUCCUAGUCCACAACGUUAAGGAGCUUGAAGUGCUGCUGAUGUGCAACAAAUCUUACUGUGCAGAGAUUGCUCACACUGUCUCCUCCAAGAACCGCAAAGCUAUUGUGGAAAGAGCAGCCCAGCUGGCAAUCAGAGUCACCAAUCCCAACGCCAGGCUGCACAGCGAAGAAAAUGAAUAGACAGCUUGUUGUGCACAUCAUAUUUGUGUUAAUAAAACCAUAAAACCUUAAAAAAAAA